AUGACCACGCCGGUUAAGGUAUUGUGGGUUUUACUAGUGUGGAUGGUAUGUGUAUAUAAAAGAGCACAUUGCUUCUAUUUCACCGUCGAAAAUGAACCUCUGUCCGAAAAUUCAAAUAUUCAAAAGUGUUAUCUAGAGCAUUAUGUAAACUUUAAAGGUCAAAUAGUCCAAGUGUGUCUUGACCAGAUAACAUCUUCGUCAGUUACAAGAUACAAUAUUUUUAUUAAUGCAUUUAAUGAGAAAAGAAAAUGGGAAAGAAAAUUAAAAAUUAUAGAUAACCAUACAAGGAAAAUGACUAGAUAUUUCUAUAGUUUUAUAAGCAAUGAUGAACUAAUAGUAAUAUACUGUUUUAAUAAAAAUCUUACUCAACCUCCUUAUGAAUGUCAUCGUAUUACAACUAAUGAUAUGCAAACAAUUAAAAAUAAGGAAAAAAUUAAUCUCGACUUUAAAGUAUUCGAAACAUCAUCCUUAACUGACUACUCCUCAGAUAAUUUACAAAUUGAUGAUCAUAAUUAUAUUCUUAUUUGUGGUGUUAAUAAUAAGAGGAAUUCCCAUGGAAAGAACACAAAAAUGUUUGUGCUCUGUCAGGCCAGUAGUGACAAUGGAGUCAGCUGGAGGCUAUUCAACUUCCAGUACACCAACGUGAGCAGCAGCUGGAGCUACCAGCGGAUAGUGCCAAAAAUUAGCGGAAAUGAAAUAGGAUUCAAAUACUUUUCCCCUAACAUAUCGUUAUCCAAGUAUAUAAAAUGUAGAUACAAAAAAGAGAAUGAUUUUGAGUGUACAGAUGUAGACCUAGUGCGAUCAAAUAGUUAUAUGUGGGAUAUUGUAAAAGUGAAAGGGUACUAUGUAUCCAUCUUAUCAAAUAGUAAGAAGCCACCAUGUUAUUUAUAUUACAUGUACAACAAUACUUAUUUAAUACCAUUGGAAGCACCCAAGAGUAUUGGAAAUACAUAUAACAGAGGAAAUCUUUUUCAGUUAGAUAAUUCUAGGGUAGUGUAUAAUUAUAUGAAUGAAAAUGGUUCAUACACUUAUUUAUUAAAACACAAUGGAACAAAUAAGUUUUGUACAUUAUUAUAUAUAAAGAGAGAAUAUAUGAAUCCAGGGUUUGUGAAAAAUGGAAAUAAUACAUACAACUGCAAAAUUAUGUAUGAUGAUUUACCAGUUCAAGGGGAUGAGAGAUACUUAACCAUAGGUGCUUAUAGUAGAAUAAGAAGCGAUGUAAGGAAAUGCUUUUUAUUUAGAUAUGAUGAUUCAUUAGAACCUGUUAGUAUAGUACAUAAAAUAUUACUAACACGAGAAUAUAAAUAUAUUAAAUUAUAUAGCUUUUAUAUAAAAAAAGAUAUCGAAAAUUAUUUUAUGAAAGAUAUAACAUUAGAAUGUUAUUUAGGAGAAGGUUUUUACUUGACCUUGUACAUAAAUUUUAAAAAUAAUUAUAUAUUAGAUAACACAGAUAAUAAUAAUAAAAAUGAUACAAUCAAUUUGUAUAAUAAUAAUUUGAUUUAUUAUAAAUUACCACCUAAUACAAAAUAUGAAGAUAUUAUGACGAAUACUAAUUUUCCGGAUAACACAAAGUACAUCAAGGUAAAUGAUAACAAUUAUAUCUUUAAACUACCUCCAUAUAUUAAAAACAAAAUAAAAACUCAAUUAUUUUUUAUAAAUACGACAUCCAAUAAAAUACAAAACAAAAAUAUUAUAAUACAUGAAGGAGGGAAACAAACAAAUGUAAUCGGUGUAGACUUUUCAAAUCGACAAAAAAUUUGCUCUUAUGGAAAUAAUACUCAAGAUAAUUGUGAUAAAAUAAAAAUUAAUGAAAAUAAAAUAUUUGUAAAUGUUAAUACAAAUACUAAUUCAGAAAUUAUACUAGGACUUAUAUGUCCUGUUCAUAAAAAAAAUAAAAAUACUUGUUUUAAUGAAAUCUAUGAAAAUAAAAAAAAAAAAUUUAUACGCGAUUUUUUUAAAGACUACCAAGGAUUACUAACUGUGUAUCCUAAAACGUAUUUAUACAAACCUGGAAUAAUUGAUACUUAUGAGGAGUCAACUUUAAUUAUGACCUCCCAAUUCUUAGAAAACUAUAAAUCAAAAAAGGAUGCAUAUAAUAAUAGCUUCUUGUGCAAGUGUUAUGCGAACAGCACAAAUUAUGAAAUUACGUUCAACCUGGAGUAG